UAAGCGACAAGUGUAAUGGGGAAAAUGGUGUCUUAAAAGAUAAACAACUAGCUAGUGAAUUUGCUAUUUUGCGUAUAUUGUUAAAACCGUUGUCGUUGUGACAAAAAAAUACUUCCUUGGUUACAGAAGUUAAUUACCUCAUCAGAGACCAAAACGAGAAGAAGCUCUCAGUUUUACUGCAAGCGAACAGAAAUUGCUUUAUUUUUUCAAAGGUAAAAUGAAUAACGAUAGCUAAAUUAGCUAGGGUUAGCAACCUUAAAAAGCGACUAAAAGGCCAUUUGGCCGGCUAGCUCAGCUGGCGUUAAGUUAGAUAUCUAGCUAGCUAGCUGUCGGUUUGCUAAGCAGUGUUGUGAGUUGCGACUUGCUUUUCGGGGGCUUGCCAGAGAGCUAUUCAUGUCAAAAGGACAUUUCAUUUUGUCCACUAUUUUAUUCAGAUAUUGCUCUGUUACGGAUUUUAAACGUUUCUGAUAUCGCUACAAUGGCGUGUGGAGCUACUUUAAAAAGGACAAUGGAUUUCGAUCCUUUGAUGAGUCCCACAUCGUCGAAAAGAAGGAGAUGUGCUCCAGUAUCACCCUCUUCAUCCCCUAGAAAAUACCUACGCAAUGAACCUUCGCCUUUUGGAGAGGUCUCGGCAAGACUCACAACAGGUUUGCAUCAAGCCACUGAGCAAAUCCUGCACAACAUAAAACAAGAGUAUAAGCGCAUGCAGAAGCGUAAACAUUUGGAUGGAAGUUUUCAACAAACGGAGGCUUCCUGUUCUCUUGUGUCUCAGUCUCAGGCAUCUAUUUUGAGUGGAUCCAGCUUUCCAGAGGCAUCCACUGGAACUGUUUCACCUACACGCAGAGAACAGCCACUGUUUACUUUAAGACAGGUCGGAAUGAUAUGCGAGCGUCUUUUGAAAGAACGUGAAGAUAAAGUCAGGGAGGAAUAUGAGGAGAUCCUGACUUCAAAGUUGGCAGAACAAUAUGACACCUUUGUGAAGUUUACGCAUGACCAACUAAUGCAGCGGUUUGAGGAGCAGCCUGCUAGCUAUGUAUCUUGAGAACAACCCAGCUCUAAGUCAAGAUGCUAUUGGACUUCUACUGCUGCAGUUAAAUGUUCACUGAUAACACCUGGUCUAAAUUAAAACAGCUAUAGUGACAUUCAUGCUGACAGAAGCUGCCUUUAGAAUUUGUCAGUAAAUAUUAUUGUUCCUUGUGAACCUGGGUGCUUCCUCUUGUAAAUGUAUACGGACCUUUCAUGUCUGUUAUUCUACCAGUGGCCUACUUAUAAUCUAUACCAUGAGCCUUCUCUCACACAUUUUUCUCGCAUUCCUGGAUAGUUUUUAUGACUAGUUUAUGACUGAUUAGUACAGAGUACCAUGUUAUUUUCUGAACAGACGUUUCACAUCUGGACAACAAAUCUGAAAGAUUCAGUACUUCUUUGGCAGUAUUUCACAAUUCCAUGCUUGGAAACUGUUUACUACAGUUUAGUGUUUUUCUUUGCUUAACACAGCUGAUGUAUUAAACACUUUCAUGAGCCAAAUCAGAUGGGUUUUGAAUAAGGAGAAGCCUAAACGUGUUGAUGCCGAGGUACUCCAGGAUUGGGAUUGGGAAACACUGCCUUGCGCUGUAUAAUGAGCUAAUGAACUGUUGCCAUACUUCAUAUCUUUUUGUUUCUCUUUACUAUGUAUUGAUAGACCGAUCCAAACAUUAAAAGCAUUUUAGUAAUAAAGACUUGUGUAUACACAACA